CCGGGUGGAUUCUGGUUCCUGUGAAGUGGAUCCGGACUCGCUGUGGACGGACCGAACCCGCCUCGGUCCCCUCAGACCCCCCCGCUCGUGUCCCUGAAGCCCCCUCGACGGUUUGAUUCUGGUUUGGAGACGCGGACGUGACGUCUGAGUCCUGAACACAGACGUCGUCUCUUUCCUGAAAACCUGAGCGUGACCUGUUGUGCGUCUGGGCAGCCUGGCUGCCUCCCUGCAUCCAGAUGAAUGAAGAACACUCCGGGACCCAGAGACACAGCUGAUACAGGGCAUGAAGGUGUUUCUGCAAAUAUGAUGAAGAAAAAGAAUCCUCACAAGAAACACAAGAGCAGCCUGAGUCCGACCGCCAACGCUCCGUCGCAGCCUCAACGCGACAUCGUGGGCAGCCGCAUCCAGCACGUGUGGAAGGAGGGGGGGGGUCACGUGGUCUGGAAGGGAACGGUGCUCGACCAGGUGCCGGUGAACCCGUCGCUCUACCUGAUCAAGUACGAUGGCUUCGACUGUGUUUAUGGUCUGGAGCUGCACAAGGACGCCAGGGUCCAGGGGCUGGAGGUGCUGCCCGACCGGCUGGCUAAACCCCGUGUGACAGACGCCAGCCUGGCAGACACCAUGAUCGGGAAAGCGGUGGAGCACAUGUUUGAGACGGAGGAGGGUCCGAAGGAGGAGUGGCGGGGGAUGGUUCUGGCCCGAGCUCCCGUCGUGACCACCUGGUUCUACAUCACCUACGAGAAGGAGCCCGUCCUCUACAUGUAUCAGCUGCUGGACGACUACAAAGCAGGAGAUCUCCGCAUCAUGCCCGACUCCAACGACAGCGUCCCGACGGAGCGCGAGCCGGGGGAGGUGGUGGACAGCCUGGUGGGCAAACAGGUGGAGUACGCCAAAGAGGAUGGCGGCAAGCGAACCGGCAUGGUCAUUCACCAGGUGGAGGCCAAGCCCUCCGUGUACUUCAUCAAGUUUGAUGACGACUUUCUCAUUUACGUCUACGACCUGGUCAAAACUUCGUAAACCUGACGUUAACAACCGAAAUGCGUUGAAACACCUGAAGUGUUCCGAUCCAGCGUUGGACCGACAAACACAAAAAUGAAAACUUGCUUCAGAAGAACACAGGACAGAUGCUCGGUGAAGAUGAAGCCUCGUCUACGACCUUCUCUGACUCUUUAAAUCCAAAUUUAAUUGGCCGUGGAUUUAUGUUACUCCCACAAAGUCUUAAACUCUCUGACAACUUUUUGAAAGAAGGAAAUCUGUCAGUUUUAAUCCCGUAUUUCAGUUGAAGAUGAAACGAGGCCUUUUAGAAACUCACAUUCUGAACAAAGAUUUGCUGACAACUUAAAAUCUGUUAAAACUAAUGAUCAUCACACAUGGACAAGUUUCACAAAGAAACAAGACGAUCUCUGGAGAAAUGUCUCCAGCUGCUGGCAAAAGAGAAAAAAAGGCGAGUUCUUGGUCCAUAAAACAAAAAGCAAGAAAAACAUUCACAUUAAGUCAAAUUAGUGAAAACAACCUUAGAAAUAGAUAGAACAAUAAGAGUUGUUUAGUUAUUCUGAACCUUGGAUAAUCAACCUGGUGUGAGUUGAUUCAUUAUUAAAAUGAUAAUUAACAAAAAAAACAUCGUCAACCAACCCGGACGCUUUGGUUGUUUUUGAGUCUUUAAAAAAGAUCCAAAAUGGAAGUAGAGAGUUUGAGCCGAGUGGGAUUCUAUUGUUUUUCUAUUGUACAGAAACAAAAACCGAGUUUCAUCACAUCUUGUGCUUGUUGUCCCGGCUCCACUUCACCAACAUGAAGCUCAGCAGAUCCAACACAAUCAUCUUAAACCUGUCGUGAAGUCCCGUGAUGAUGAAGACGAUCAGACUUUCUGGUGAUUUCACCGAAGCCUUUGGACUCGUGUCUUUUUCUAGAUUGUCGGUGAAGGAUUGAAAAGGACGGAGAGACAAAGCCCCCCCCGUCUGUCCUCUGCAGUUUGUUCUAAUGUCGGUUAAAAUCUGCAUUUCUGUUGGUUCCUCUUCGUCUGACGUCCAAACGGAUUCAAGGAGCUGGAAACUGGUUUAAUGCACCUGAGGACCUGGAGGAUGAGGAGAAGAUUCCCCGGACGGUUCAUGACUGUGUUGAUGUCUUUUGAUGUCGCUGGAAUUUACCAGAAAAACCAACCUGCCGUUGCAUUACAGUUACGUUUCCAGACUUCAGUUUGGCACGAGUCGGUCGAAAAGAGAAUAUUAAUGAAACGAAAGCAUCAGUUUGUAUUUACACACAAACCAAAAGGUCGUGGACUCCUCGUGGUGAAGAUCCCACGUUCUCCCGGUCGUCUGAAGGAACCCGAAGUUCCCCUCAGACGUCCUGCAGCACGUCGGAGGAAACUGUCGCUUGUGUUUCAUAAUGAAGAGAUUUAGACGAAGUGAAGGUUUAAAUUUACUUUAGAUUUUAUUUUGGUUUACUCAAGACUGAAUGUUUUUCAUAAACCUGAGUUCUGUUCAGAUUUCUGCUCUUUCAACAAAGUUCAAUGUUAGAGUCGAGUUUUUAUUGGAGAGUUUGAAAUCAAGUUGCCAUUUUUUUUGUCAGCCAGCUGCACGUUUAAAAGAUCAUAUUUUAUUAACGUGAAAGAACAUUUGGGAGCUGAUUGUGUCAUUUUCCUCCCAAAUAUUUCUACAAUAGAAUAAAAGGAAACCAGUAAAGACCAGUGACUGUAAAUAGAGAUGGACGACACUUUUCCACUUCCUCCUGUUGUUCAAAAAUGAAGCCAAAAUAUUUAGGAUACGAAAGCUGCCAUCUUGUUCUGGUGACGUUAUUUAAAUGUUCCAUCCAUACACCUGCUCGACCAAUCAGGAGUCAGAAGUGGUUUGUUCAAGUGUUUCUGAUCAGUUUGGUUUUAUUUAGUUAUUUGAUCACAUGAGAACAGGCUGAGAUGUCUUGAUUGACAGCUGAGACUGACUCCUGAUUGGUCAGGUGCAUGUAUGGGCGGGACCUAGAUACCACAACUCUACUUCCUGAUCACCACUACAGACUGUGAAGGUUCAAGAUGCCGGCGAAGGUUUCCAGGAUGUUUUGGCUUCAUUUCCGGAUAUUGGGAGGAAAUGUGUCCUCCAUCUUUAAUUACAGUCAGUGUUCUCAACCAAUCAGACGUCUCUGCUGAGUCGCUGCUCAGAACCGAGCUGUUUCUGUCGAACCUUCAGUCUUUGAGCUUCCUGUGAUGUCGUUAGUUGCUGAGGCAGAUUCCAGCUCCUAUCACGACUGCACUAAAACACGCUGAGAUCUGCAGGUUUCUGCACUUGUGAGAAAUCCGAUCAUCUGAUCAGGAUCAGUUCUCAGUGACAAGUCGUCCUGAAGCCUCGAGUCACAGUGAGGUCACAUCCUGUUCAUUUAAUAUUCAAUUACGAACGUUUAUUGUUGUUGAUGUUGGAAUGACCUCGGCCCUCCGUCAUCCUUCUGCCUUGUAAUGUUUGAUUUUGUAUGUUUUAAAAUGUAUGUUAAUAAUUUUUAAUGUUAAUGGAAAA